AUCAUUUACCAUCACUAUUGUUGCUACUCAUUUUCAUCAUUUUCUGAUCAUUUUACUCACUCAUCAGCUUCAUCACUACUUGCAUUUACUACUAAUCUUCUUCACUUUUUUGUGUAUCUAUCUAUUUUGAAAAGGUGGUGAUUUAUAUUAUAUAUGCAAGAUGGAUCUACAACAAGAGAUAACAGAGGCUGAGAAUAAAGAUGUGCAGACAAAAAAGAGCUGCAGUGACUGUAAAACCACAAGAACACCUCUAUGGAGGGGUGGUCCAUCUGGGCCCAAGUCACUUUGUAAUGCUUGUGGGAUCAAAUACAACAAGAAAAGGAGGCAGCUCUUGGGGCUGGAUAGAUCAAGAAAACAUGGGAUGAAAAAGAAGCAGAAGAAGAGUGGUAAUGAAGUGGAGAGAUCAGUGAAAGUGAUGAGAUUGAUUGCAUUGGGAAGAGAGAUGGGAUUGAAGAUAUCAGCUACAGCCAAGUUUGGGGAAGAGGAAGAAGCAGCUAUACUGUUGAUGGCUCUUUCAUGUGGAUCUCUGGCUUCUGUGCUUGAUGAAAUGCCCUAAUUGCCCUUAAGUUUUGUGAUCAGUUUUUUAACUAGACCCUUUUUUUCUAACUGUGAUGGAUGUAAUUUGAGUGACUGAGGGUUAGUUUUGGUAGAUGUUGCAGUUGUGAUUUAGGACUGAAUGUAGUAGUUAUCACUAACAAAGAUCAUCAUCUGUUUUGGUUAAGUUAAUUCAGCUGAUUUGCUGUGAAUUUAGAUUGA